AAUAUAAACUAGGAAGAACGAGUCGCCAUUUUGUGGAGUGUAUCUGCUGCAUUGUAAUUAUUGCGCAGUUAUUUCGAGGAACAAUUAUAAAUAUCAGUGUACAUUAUUUUUUCUCUGUUAACAAGUUCAGCCUUUAUACAACUUUCAGAUAACCAUGAGCGACGUUGAGGAUACACACUUCGAUGGAAGAGGAUCCCGUUCUCCAUCGAAAUCUGAUUGUGGCAGCCCAGUGCGUGUGAAGUCUGAGAGUCGUUCUGCGUCUGGUAGUCCUUCAAGAGCUUCAAAACGGUCAGAGUCCAGGUCAAGAUCAAGGUCCAAAUCAAGGUCGCGCUCUAGGAAGCACUCUCACAGGAGGUAUUCACGCUCAAGGUCCCGCUCACACUCGCACAGGAAGAAAUCCAGAAGCCGUUCAUACUCGCCUGAAUGCCGUCGCAAGAAGAGCCGGAGCACCUCUCCAAUGUCAAAUCGUCGCAGACAUGCAGGCAGCAGGACAAGAUUCAGCAAUGACAUCAAAAAAGAGGCAAGCAAUCAUAGUGAUGCCAGGCUUUUCCACCAGGCAAAUCCUGACCCAAACACCUGUCUUGGAGUGUUUGGGUUAAGCCUGUACACAACGGAGAGGGACCUGCGUGAAGUGUUUUCUCGUUACGGACCGCUGGCUGGCGUGAAUGUUGUCUAUGAUCAGAGAACAGGACGGUCAAGAGGAUUUUCAUUUGUGUACUUCGAAAGAAUUGAUGAUGCUAAAGAGGCGAUGGAACGUGCAAAUGGAAUGGAGCUUGACGGAAGGCGGAUACGUGUAGAUUACUCCAUCACCAAACGGGCCCACACUCCUACUCCUGGCAUUUACAUGGGAAGGCCAACUCACAGCAGUGGCGGGAGCAGUGGCGGUGGUGGCAGCAGCGGAAGUAGUAGUGGAGGACGUCGGCGUGAUUCCUAUUAUGACCGGGGAGGCUAUGACCGGGGAGGCUACGACCGGGGAGGCUAUGACCGAUACGACGAGUACGAUAAUAGAUACAGUCGGAGACGAUCUCCAUCUCCUUAUUACAGUAGAUGCAGAUCCCGUUCUAGAUCUCGUUCCUACAGUCCUCGACGUUACUAAACAGGAUAGAUUCAGCUCGGGAGAUUUAUUGUUGAUCCUCCAGAAAAGUUGUACAACUUUUAAAAAAAAAAAAAAAAAAAAAAAAAAAAAAAAAAAAACAACAAAAAAACUUGUUCUGAACUACUAAUGAGACAUUGUUAAGUUUGAGUUCUAGAAAUGAUAAUCUUGUUUUUUGUUUUUUUUUAAAUUGAAUGCUUUAUAGUUCAACUUAAAUCUGUGAUUGCCAGAAAGGUCGUGGUUUUUUGUUUAAGAUUUUUUUCUUAGUCAGGUUAUGAACAUAUUGCAUUUAGCUGCAUUUACUGUUUUUUUCUGUGUAUUUGUAAAACACAUUGAAAAAAUGUCAUGCAGAAUAAAAAGCUAGAACUGCUACAUUUUCUAUUCCUUGAUUUUCUAAAUUAAAUUUAGAGUUGGAAAGUUUAUGUAUUGUGACUUUUUUUUUUUUUAUUUUAUGUUACUCCUUGCAAUGUAUGGGCAUGUGAACAUGAUUUAACUUACUAAUGGUAGCAGUUGUAUUAGCACAAUGUUGUAAUGUAAAUGGAUACAUUUCAAUGUCAACUUGGAUGUGCAAAAAGGAAAUUAUUUUGAUGGAAUGUGAGGUAUAUUUAAUGGGUUUUUACGCUUGCUUGUUUUUUGUUUGCCAAAUAAACAUGAAAAACAAA